AGUUCAUUAAACGCAACAUAAAGUUGAACACAAAGAAGGUGUUGGGAUAAGAGUAAUUAAAGGCAAUGGAAGUGGCAAGUGCUGUUCGUUCUUCACUUUUAUUUCUGAGAUUGCAAACACACUCUCCCUCACACCUUCAAAGACUCAGCAGCACUAGUGCCCAUUUCUUCGCCUCAGCAAAAAGAAGAACAAGAACAACUAGCAGGCUUCAUCAUGCUCCUGCUUCUUUUCACCAAACUAGUAAUUUCGUCGUCAACUCCUCCACUUCUUCUUCUACUACAGCAGAACCUGCUGCUUCUGGAACCUUUUCUGAGGUAGAAAGGAUUAAGAACAAGUGCCUCAAAUGGCAAUGGAAGGGUCAGUAUUCCAUUAACUACUUCGCAUCCCCUGAUGAUGAUGAUUCAUCUGAUGAGGAGUACCCUCCUUUGCUACUUGUCCAUGGAUUUGGUGCCUCUAUUCCUCACUGGCGCAGGAAUAUAAACACACUGUCCCAGAAUUAUACUGUCUAUGCCAUUGAUCUUCUUGGUUUUGGUGCUUCCGAGAAGCCACCAGGCUUUUCAUAUACCAUGGAAACAUGGGCUGAGUUGAUCCUGGAUUUCUUGGAGGAAGUCAUUAAGAAGCCAACUGUACUAAUCGGAAACUCUGUUGGAAGUCUUGCUUGUGUCAUUGCAGCCUCAGAUUCAAGUCAAAAACUUGUUAGAGGGAUUGUGCUGUUAAACUGUGCUGGUGGCAUGAACAACAAAGCAAUUGUUGAUGACUGGAGGAUUAAGUUAGUCUUACCAUUGCUUUGGCUGGUUGAUUUUUUAUUGAAGCAAAAGGGAAUCGCCUCAGCCAUUUUCGAGCGUGUUAAACAGAGAGAAAAUUUGAAGAACAUUCUGAGUUCAGUGUACGGCGAUAAGGAGUCUGUGGAUGAAGAACUGGUGGAGAUCAUUAGGGAACCGGCAAACGAUGAAGGAGCAUUAGAUGCAUUUGUAUCGAUCGUAACAGGGCCGCCGGGGCCGAACCCGGUGCAGUUGAUGCCGAAAAUCUCGGUGCCGGUCUUACUUCUGUGGGGAAAUGAAGAUCCUUUCACUCCACUUGAUGGACCUGUUGGAAAGUACUUUUCUUCAUUGGCUUCUGAAAAGGAAAAUGUGAAACUGUGUGUACUUGAAGGGGUUGGACAUUGUCCUCAUGAUGAUAGACCUGAAUUAGUCCAUGAAAAAUUGCUUCCCUGGUUAGCCAAUCUUUCAGAUUCAUAGUGAAAGUGUAGCUAGAGUGUGCAUAAGCAUAACUCAAUAUUGAUAGUGAUUUCAUGUGUAUUUAUUAUGCUCAUAAUUUUAUUUGUAUUCAGCUUUAAUUUCCAUUAGUUUUAAUAUAUUAAUAUAUUGCUCUUCA